ACAAAAAUAGAAGUAUUAAGCCUUUGACGUAAGAGACAAGUAAUGUCUUAGAUCUUUGAUGAAUCUUCUUGAUUUACCAGAAGAAUGCAUAGCCGCCGUGAUAUCUUUCACCAGCCCCCAAGACGCCUGCCGUGUCUCCUCAGUCUCCAAGUUACUUCGCUCAGCCGCCGAUUCCAACGCCGCGUGGGAGAGAUUUCUUCCCUCUGAUCCUCGUCUGGGUUGUUGACUGGUUGAUCAUUCUCUGUCUAGGUUAUCCCAUAAACAGCUCUUCCUCCGUUUCUGUGAAUCCCCCCUUCUCAUCGAUGAUGGCAGAACGAGCUUUUGGAUGGAGAAGAGAAGCGGGAAGAAAUGUUGGAUGCUAUCUGCAAGGAAACUAGAGAUUGUUUGGGUUGAUUCUCCUGAAUACUGGUCAUGGAUUUCGAUUUGGACUCAAGCCCUUCUAAUGGUUUGAGAUCGGAGGCAACAUAAGCACGUCAACGCUCUCCAAAGGCACGGUUUAUGGAGCUUACCUUGUUUUUACAGGAGAAAUAGGAGCAUUUGGAUUUAUGUCCCAGCCAUUGGAGACGAGGUUCGGGUCCACAAGAACCGGGCUUUGAAACGAUAGAAGAGCGUUUCUCCGGAAUGAAAGAAUAUGGGUGGUUGGAGAUUGAACUUGGUGAGUAUUAUGUCGGUUUUGAUGAGGAGGAGCUCGAGAUGAGCGUCUUAGAGACUAGAGAAGGUGGUUGGAAAGGCGGGAUUUUCAAGGGAUCGAGAUUAGGCUAAUAUGAAAAAGUGUUGUGUGAUUAAGUAACAAGUAAAUUCUAGUUUGUUGUGUAGUAAAAGAAUUGUAACUCUAUUCCAAUGUAUGGACAUGUUGAUUUCUGAC